GGCUUCCUUCCAGGCGCGGGGCUGUGGACUGAGCGCGGCGAACGCCGGCCACGGAGCCGGCUGGACUUCGAACAAGAAGGACCGGACGGGACGGGCAAGCUGAGCGCGGCGGAGUUCCUCCUGGAGAAAGAGGGCGGGCAGGCAAGGCUUUGCCGGCGCGAUCCGCCUGGCUUCGUGGGUUGGAAGGGGCUACCGUAGGGAGGAAAUACGCGGCGGGGAGCGCCCCCCACCCCGUUCUCUCUGGAAGAGAGCGGACGGAGAAGGCAACCGGUCUCUGGUGGAGGCAAUGGAGAAUCUCCAACCCCCUGCUGUUCACUGAGACUAGAGGGAGGGUCCUGCUUCCCCGAUGGGAGGGGCCGUCCGCAGCCUGGAGCACUAGCCCUAACUUCCCUUCCUGCCCCCUCCCCCGGCAUCCCUCCUACAUGGUCUCUGCUCAGUUGGAAGUAGUGGGGAAUUGUGUGGAAGGCAAUGUUGACGACUUAGAUGCGGGUGUCCUGGACCAGCAAGGCCCAGAAGACCCCCAUGGAGCCACUAAAAAGUAUGUUGCGGAAGGCCCCACUGGUGUCCUGGGGGGGAGGCUCACGCAGUGGGGGUGCCACCGCUUAUGCCAACCCUGUCUGGACGGCGUUGUUUGACUAUGAGGCCGCCAGCAGCGACGAACUGACCCUGCGCAAAGGCGACUUGGUGGAGGUCCUUUCGUGGGACGCCGCCAUUUCCGGGGAUGAAGGCUGGUGGGCCGGCAAGGUGAACAACCAAGUGGGCAUCUUUCCUUCCAAUUACGUCUCGCCCAAGACGGGGGGCUACCCCCGGCCUGAGGGCCCACCUGAGGCCGACUUCCGCGACCUGAGGCUAGAGGAAGUGAUUGGCGUCGGGGGCUUUGGCAAGGUCUACCGUGGAAGCUGGCGUGGAGAGCUGGUGGCGGUCAAGGCUGCCCGCCAGGACCCAGAUGAGGACAUCAGCACCACGGCCGAGCGGGUGCGGCAGGAGGCCCGGCUCUUUGCCAUGCUGCAGCACCCCAACAUCAUCGCUCUCAAAGCUGUCUGCCUGCAGGAGCCCAACCUGUGCCUGGUCAUGGAAUACGCUGCGGGGGGUCCGCUCAGCAGGGUGCUGGCUGGACAGAGGAUACCGCCCCACAUCCUCAUCAACUGGGCCGUGCAGAUUGCCCAGGGGAUGCAGUACCUGCAUUGCGAAGCCAUUGUGCCCGUCAUCCACCGCGACCUGAAGUCCAACAACAUCCUGCUGGCUGAAUAUGUGGAUGACGGAGAUGUGAGCGGGAAGACCUUGAAGAUUACAGAUUUUGGGCUGGCCCGCGAGUGGCACAAGACGACCAAGAUGAGCACGGCAGGCACCUACGCCUGGAUGGCACCUGAAGUCAUCAAAAGCUCCACUUUCUCCCGAGGCAGCGACGUCUGGAGUUACGGAGUCCUCCUUUGGGAGCUUCUCACGGGGGAAGUCCCGUAUCGGGGCAUAGAUGGGCUUGCUGUGGCCUACGGUGUUGCUGUCAACAAGCUGACACUACCUAUUCCAUCCACCUGCCCAGAACCCUUUGCACGCCUCAUGGCAGAGUGCUGGGAACAGGACCCCCACCGUCGCCCCAGCUUUGCAUCCAUCCUGUCGCAGCUGACAGUGCUGGAGGCUCAAGUUCUCCGUGACAUGCCCCAGGAGUCCUUCCACUCUAUGCAGGACGACUGGAAAGUGGAGAUCCAAGACAUGUUUGAUGAGCUGCGUGCCAAGGAGAAGGAGCUGCUGAGCCGUGAGGAGGAGCUGAAGCAAGCAGCCCUGAAACAGAAGUCCCAGGAGGAGUUUCUGCGCCAGCGGGAGCAUGAGCUGGCCGAGUGGGAGCUGGAGGUUUUUGAGCGCGAGCUAAGCCUCCUCAUCCAGCAGAUGAACCGAGAUCGGCCCCACGUGAAGAAGCGGAAGGGGACCUUCAAGAGGAACAAGCUGAAAGGGAGGGACGGGGAACGCAUCAGCAUGCCCCUUGAUUUUAAGCACCGCAUCACAGUGCAGGCUUCCCCCGGUUUGGACAAGAGGAAGGACUUCUUUGAGGUGGGGGCUGGUGGCUCCCCCACUUUCCCCCGAUUCCGAGCUAUCCAAUUGGACCCAAGUGAGAAUGAUCAGAAUUGGGGGCGCCAGUCUCCACGUCGAGGGGAAGAGGUCUGGAACAGCCGCACCAAGAGUCCCAAUUCCCCAAAACCGUGGGAGAGCACUACACAGAAUGGAAGGAGAAGAAACUUGGAAGAAACUACCUGGUACGUGGAGCCGGAAGCACCAAAUCCUCCUACGCAGAUCCAGACCCAGCUCAGUCAGAAUGGCAACACCUCGGGCGAUUCUGCUGAAGCGGAGGAUCCAGCACCAGAACGGCCCAGCCCUUCCCGGCUCAUCCAGAGGGCCCUGCUCCGGGGCACAGCCUUGCUUGCUUCCCUCGGCCUGGGCCGAGAGCUGCCAUCUACCCCUCAGGAACUCCCGCCAACCCCCCCUCGAAGGGAAUCCACCCCUGCCCUGCUGGUAGAGUUGUGUAAAGAGGACCCCCCCACCGAUCUCCUCGUCGACCUGGCCUCGGUGGGCAACAGGAAUGCUUUGCCGCCUCUUUGGGCCCAGAUGUCACCCAAGAUCCCAAGACUCGCGGAGGGUCGCAGCAACAGAACCCCAAAAUGGGAUGGAGCUCUCCCAUCUCCCUCCUCUCCCCGCAGCCCGCGGUCACCUCGCCCUGCCUCUCACUCCAACCUGAUCUCCCGGCCACGGCCUUCUCCCGUCCGCAGUCGCAUCGACCCUUGGAGUUUUGUGUCUUCCGGACCCCGUGCGUCACCCGUUCAGUCCCCGCAACUAGGGAUACGCCCAUUCAAGCCACUGAAUUCCGAAGGCACCAAUCCGUUUGUGGUGCGCGACCCCGAUCCGUUUGCCUGUGGGGACUUCUCAGCCCCAAGGGAGCCUUCCGCGCCUGUGCCCCCUGACCCCUUUGCUGUUGCGUCCAGUUUGCCUGCUCCAGGGCAGCGUAGCCCCAGUCUGUUGCCAGGCUGGACCGCCAGCCCCCAGCCACCCAAAGAAGAACUCCCAGCCCCGCCCUGGUGGUCAGCAGCUGCAACGCCUCAAGGAAGAGCAGCCCAAAAAUGAUCGGGAGCAAAAGAGGGAAGUCCCGCCUUCCAGACACACCUUUUGUUCAGGAAGUUGGUGCCUUCGAUAGAACCUCAUGCUCAGCUGUGAUUGGACACGAGGCUGCAAAUCCAAGACCAGAGUAUGGACUGCUUCUGUAGGGAGAACGUGAAUAUUCCUAAAUUGUAAGGGGGACAGAGGAACCUUCUGGAGAGGGCUUCCUCCUCCACUCCUCUCCCCCCACCUUGUCGUUCACUGAGUUCCUGCAACCAAUUCUUUCAAGGAUGUGAAGCCACUUACCGCGGACACAAGGGCCCUAUACAACAGAGGGCUGAGGAAGUGGGGAGGGUGUGUGUUUGUGCAUGUGUGCCUACUGAGAGCAGUGGGAGGGGGAAGGCAGUAUGACGGGAGAACCAUUUUUUUCAUGCUCUGCAUAAUGAACACUAACCAGUCAUAUCUGUGAGAGGAGGAACUCUCCCCCCUUUACCCACCUCUGCACAUGCCAACUGUGGAUCUUGCCAGGGCGCUCUCUCCUCCCUUGGGCCAGUAGAUCAGCCAGACUUGCUGACUGGCAGCUAUCUUUCUUCCUCAUCAUUUCUCCAUUCACCGGCUGGCCCCAUGACUGUGCCCGCUGGAGGUGGGGCGUGCGUAUGGAUGUGUCAAGUGUGUGUGUGAGACACCCCCUCCAAAUCUCCUUUACAACAUUCCUCCCCCUCCCCAGCAGUAGUGCAAACUCUGCUGCAGGAACCGAGUGCCAAGGCAACCUUUGCAAUACUUUGUGCGCAAGAGUGAGCACAUAGUGCACAUGCCCAGAUUUGCCAGCAUGGGAGGAGGCCAGUUGGAAAUGGGAGGGGCUGCUUGUGGUUAGGGCAUUGUCCACCUGUUCAGUGAGGAGUGUGUGUGUGUGUGUGUGUGUGUGUGUGCGGGGCACACGUGCCAAACCUGUCACGAUCAGGAUUCCGCAGCAAGUGGUGCUCUUGCAGUUGGCAAUCAUUAGCACUUGGAAUGUGCAAUUCUACUGUGUUCCCCCCCUCCCCUUUUUAAUUUGUGCCUGUGCCAGGCUCCCUCGUGCCUUUCCCACUCCGAUUGCAUGAGGGAGCCACCUGUGUCAAGCCCAGCCCAGCUUGGAAAGGGCCAAGCCUGUGAAACGAGACCAAAUAAACCUCCAGUU